UAUCCAACCCCAGCUUUAUCCGCUUUCUUCGUCCUGCUUACUGUCAAUCAAUGGCCACUCUGGAAUCUGGACUCACAGUCUUGGGAUCUUUCCGCUGUUCUAAUAAGUACUCUUUAUCCGCCAAAUCAUUCGAUUCGAUAAAGCUCAAAGUCUCCACUUCUCUUUAUCCCAUUUCCCACAGUUGCGUCGUCCCCUCGAUUUUAUCUUCUAUCGACUCCAGCAGGAGGCUCUGCUUCGAAUUAUGCUCUGCGCUGCAAGAGGCGGUAACAGAAGAAAAACCAGGGCAAACCCAGGAAAACAACAUAAAAAAGAAGCUCUACGUGUUUAAUCUACCAUGGUCGCUAUCGGUGGUGGACAUCAAGAACCUCUUUGGUCAAUGCGGAACUGUAACCGAUGUCGAGAUAAUAAAAAACAAAGAUGGCAAGAGCAGAGGAUUUGCCUUCGUCACUAUGGCUUCCGGGGAAGAGUCGCAGACUGCAAUUGAUAAACUUGACUCUCAUUCUCAGACUAGCGUUUGCAGAAUCGGGUCUUCGGGAACUGGGGUCUAG